AUGGUAAAGAAGAAUAGCAAUGGCAUUGAUAAAGACAAUACCAUGGACCAUUCUUCUCACAACUUAGAAACAUUAUCAAAUCCAUUUGAAUCGAUAGACUCACUAGAUCGACCAAUUGGCACCCAAUCACCAAAGUCGAAUUCUUCUUUAGCUUCAACGCCAUUAAAUCCCACUCCGAAACCAAUAAUAAGAUCAAAAUCAACACCAAGCACACCUCAUCAAUUAAACCUACCACAGAAUACAGCAAGAAGAACUAGUUUGAAUGAAAAUCUACUAUUAGAGAAUCAUAUGUUGAACAAUGAGGAACAUACUACAAACUUCAGAAAAUUCAAAAAAGCCAUAUUAAUACCAGCUGCAAAAUGGGCAAUAUCACCAAUAAAAAUGCACAGAAACUCUAAAAUUGGUCCACCUGAAGAAAUUUAUAGGAUUGAAUAUUCCGUAUUCAAACCUUCCAUAAAUACAAAACAACUAACUACAUCAAAUGAUAUAUCAAAUCAUUUCAAAGGUGAAGUAGAAUCAGCUACUGGAAAGCCUUUUCAAUUUCCCGAGAAUUACAUUAAUCAUCUAAAGUUUAAUAAAAUAGUGGAAAACAUCAAGAAAUUAAUUGAAGUAGACCAUAUUUACCCAGAAAGAAUAUCAGUGGGAUCCUCAGGAAGUUAUUUCGUGUUUAACAAAAUAGAACUAGAUAACGUUAUAGCAAUAGAGAAAAUAGGUGUAUUCAAACCAAAAAGUGAAGAACCAUACGGUCCGUUACUGCCCAAAUGGACAAAAUGGCUACAUAGAACUUUCUUUCCAUGUUUUUUUGGAAGAUCAUGCUUGAUCCCCAAUUUGGGUUAUAUAAGUGAAGCAGCUGCAAGUGUAUUAGAUCAACAAUUACAAAGUUAUAUUGUUCCAUAUACUGACAUAAUAGAGUUACGGGCACCAACUUUUUAUUAUUCAUUUUGGGAUAAAUCCAAUGAUGUUACUAAACUACCUUAUAAGAUUGGAUCUUUGCAGUUGUUCUUGAAAGGUUAUACUAAUGCUGAUAUAUGGUUUAAGAUGUACCCUUUACCCACUGAUAUUUAUUUAUUACCCAAAUCUUCAGAAGUUGAGGUUGAUCUGAAUGUGGUGGAUUAUACACUCCAAUGGAGUAGAGAUUUGAUGUUGCAAUUUCAAGAAGAACUAGAAAAAAUGGUCAUAUUGGAUUAUCUUAUGAGAAAUACUGAUAGAGGACUGGAUAAUUGGAUGAUUAAAAUAGAAUGGGAAGAAAUUGCCAAAAGUGAUAAAACCAAAAAAAUGAAACCAAUACUUAAAAUCGGUGCAAUCGAUUCAGGAUUAGCAUUUCCUUGGAAACAUCCUAAUGAAUGGAGAUCUUUUCCUUAUGGUUGGUUAUUCUUACCAUUAUCUAUAAUUGGUCAACCAUUUACUAAAAAGACAAGAGAUCAUUAUUUACCUUUAUUGACUUCAAAGCUAUGGUGGGAAGUAACAGUUACCAACCUCAAGAAAGUGUUUAUGAAAGAUCAAGAUUUUAAAGAACGAAUGUGGUUGAAACAAUUGGCUGUUUUGAAAGGUCAAGCUUUCAAUAUUGUUGAAGUAUUAAAGUUAGAUUAUGCUGGACCUUUAGAGUUGACUAGAAGGGAAAAAUUACUAGUAUUUGAUGAUAUUAUGUACAUGCCUCAAAAUGAAGAUUACAAAAAAUUAGUCAUGUUUUCAUCAAACUACGCCAAUGAUAUAAGAAAUGGCCAGCUGUUAAUUUCACAGAAUAAUGAAAGUGACAUAACUCCAUUAUUGCCACAACCCCAACAUCAAUUGCAGGCGAUUGAUGAAAUCGAGUAUGAACCAUAUGAAUCUGGUUAUGAAAGAAUCAAUAAACAAUUACAAUCACCAGAGAACAGGGGGACAAAAGUAGUCAUAGAGAGAAUAGUUAAAGAACAAUCGAGACCACCAGUUUUUACUUGGUGUUGA